AUGGCUGCAUCCAGGGCCUUUCAGAUUGGAGACAUACUUGGGGAAACACUCAAUCAUCUAUACCCCGAUCCGUUUUUUGAACAAUACUCGAACCCUGAAAAGCGGGAAACGCUGGCAUCAUGCGCCCGCGUUAACAAGUUCGUCCACGAGUUCGCCUUGGAUGUUCUCUGGAGCAGCAUGGACGACCUACAUCCUUUGUUCAAGGUUCUACCGGCCUUCCAGCGGGCAACCGUUCUUCACGACCACCGUGACCGUACUUCCGACUAUAUCCUGUUCGGCAGGCUGAGUUCCGAGGACUUACAUCGUUUCCAGCUAUACGCGCAGAGGAUCAUCACUCUCCAUAUAGACCGCGAGUAUUCCGAGUCUCAGCCGAUCCAUCCAUCCGUCCUACUCUCCUUGUACAGGGCACUGGGCCACCAACCGCUAUUGCCACGACUCCGAACGCUAAGCUGGAGACACGACGACCUGGCCGAUCACGAUGUUCUCUACUUCGUCUCGCCCUCACUCCGAUCCCUGUACUUCCGUUUCUUCGAUGAUGUGAACACAGUCACCGAGAACAUCGAUGGAGUCACACGCAAAUUCCUUUACGAGACGUUGUGCGAGCAGGUGGCUACCGCCGCGCCAGGUCUCGAAACAUUGACGGUGAUGUCGUAUGCCACCCCCUACUACUUCGUUCCCUUCGGCAAAUGUGGUGGUCUGCGGGAAGUGGCCAUAACCGGACAGCCAAGUCAGUACACACAUGGUCUAGGAGCACUUUCUUCCUUGGACAAUCUGACCCGGCUCCACCUAAGGGACGCCUCUGAGCUUGGCCAGGAUGUUGUCCAGGAACUUCACGGAUUCCGUGGUCUCAAGGCUGUUCGCAUUGAAGGCGAUCCUCGAUCCAUCUGUCGCGUCCUUAUGGGUUUUGCGACGUCGGAUGCCACCCUAUGCGAAAUAGAGGUCGAGAUCAGAACACCAUAUUCCUGCGACCCUCAAACCGCCACUGACUUGCUGAGCACAAUCAAGUCUCACUUCAGUGUGUCGCUGCACAAGCUCACGCUAUCUAACCUACCCCUGGAGUCAACCCACGGCGAUGCUAGUCCGUCUUUGCACCCUCUCCCACUGUUGUUUGGGCUCCGCAAUCUACACACCGUCUAUCUAUUUAUACCAUCGCGAAUCGCUGUAUCCGAUGAGGACCUCUGUGCAAUCACUUCCUCCUGGGCAAAUAUCGUCUCGCUGCGCAUUCGAUGGAAGACUGCAGGAGAUGUGGUCAUGGCGAGACCCACUCUAGACUGUCUACCGCGCAUCGCGAGGUCAUGCCCACACCUGCGCAUGCUAUACGUCUCGUCCAUGGACUUGACGUUCGCGGCGGGCCUCGACACAUACCCGAGCCUGUCACACCAUCUCGAUUUCCUCGGUAUCGGCGAGAGCAUUUCAGACCGUCAGGAGAUCGACGUGAUGGACGUCGCACUCUUCCUUGACCGUCUGUUCCCUUUCCUCGACAUAAAGGCGUUGCGAGAGUUAUACGAACGGCUUCGUGGUGGACUUCCGUCGCUGGCUCGAGUGUGCGAUCAGCUCCAGGCUUUCCAGGUCAUGAGGACGCAGGCGAGAAAACAAAUGGAGGAGCGCAAUUUUUGA